AUGGGCCCCAAAAAAGACACCAAAGGAGGCAAAGGCAAGGGAAAAGAGUCAAAAGACACCUCGGAUGGCGACGAUAAGGGGAAAGGCAAGGGCUUAAAGGCUGCCAAUUCGAUUAAUGUUCGACAUAUAUUGUGCGAGAAACACUCCAAGAAAGAAGAAGCUCUAGAAAAGCUCCGCAACGGCGCCAAAUUCGACGAUGUCGCCCGAGAAUUCUCAGAGGACAAAGCCCGACAAGGUGGCUCCCUAGGCUGGAAAGUGCGCGGAAGUCUACACGGCGACUUUGAGAAAGUGGCAUAUGAGCUUGAGCCGAGCACGACCGCAAGCCCCAAAUAUGCUGAAGUCAAGACUGGGUUUGGGUAUCAUAUUAUUAUGGUCGAGGGCCGGAAAUAG